UCGCGUCGCCCGGAGAACGGCUGAUAGACCUCGCCUCAGUGGCCAGCGAGAACGUUUCCCGAUGACUCUCCGCCGAGGAAGCAAGAUGACGGCCAAGAGGAAGUUCCUGGUUGCGGGCAGCUGGACGGCACAAGCGGACUCGAGCGCAGAGAGCAAGAGAGAGAGUUUGUGUUCGUUCCUGUUGUAUGCUCGACAGCAUCUUCCUGUCGAGAUCGCCACAACUGUUCCUGACGGUCAUGAGGACGAGGAAGCCUUCUGCAGGGACUGCGACUGCCGCUGGGAAGUGGUGGGCAGAGCUUCGUCCGGCAGUUCCGAUUCUGAGCUGAAGGAAGCGAUUGCCGAAGUUCAGCGGGCAGGCAGGAAGGUGAUCGUCUGUUUGUGCGAGACGUCGGAGGAUCGCGAGAAUGGUCGCACGGAGGAUGUCCUGUUGGGCCAGAUGAAGUCCCUCGCCGCUAGCAUCAGCGACUGGUCUGACGUGGUAAUCGCCUUCGAGGCUCUGUGGGCCAGUAAUACCGGCGUCCUAGCCACAGCUGAGCAGGUGCAGGAGGCCUUGGCCAACAUACGGCAGUGGCUGCGUGUCAACGUGAGCCAGAAGGUGGCCAACAGCACCAGAAUCAUCUACGCAGGUUCCGUUUCGUCCACCAACUGUCGACAGCUGGCUCAACUGGAGGACCUGGACGGCUUCCUGGUGGGGAACGCGGCCCUCACACCCGACGUCGUUCCCGCGAUCACUUCUUCACGAGUUUCUCGCUCGUCCCUCUGGGCGACGCACGAGGCCCUCAGCUCGACCGCCCAGCUCAUCCAGCAGCUUCGUCAGCGAGAAUACGCCAGGAGGCUGGCGGCGACGAUGCGCUGUCCGAAACGAUACAUUUGAAUGGUCUGCUCUCAGUUGUGUUGUGGGCAGACUCCACUAUAGGAGGAUUACGUGUAAAUAGGUCUAUGUAUUUAUAAGUUCUUGGUAUUUGUUAAUGAAGUACCGACGUUAUUUAUUGUGGAUGUAUUUAUUUUUAGUAAUAGACACUGCAACUAUAUUUUACAAAUAACGAUAUUUCUACA